AUGAUUAAACAACAGCAACCACAGCAACUUAAGGCACAAAGCACCCAGGUCCCUCAGACCAUUACAUACGCCAUAUAUACAUAUAAUUCAAAGACGGCAGAACAAACGCAAAGGUUGAAAUAUGGAGAUUUGGAGAUAGUAUUGAAAAAUGACCAUUUCGAAUUCGUUUGCAAGGGUGGUGCAGUGAUAUCAAAUAUAAAAGAAAUUUUAUUUAUGAAUUCUAAAAUUAAAGGUAUAACGGAUGAUAUAACAUCAAUUCCACCAGAAGAACAGAGAUAUUACGCAUUAAAUGCAUUUCCUAAAGUUUUGAAGAUUGGAAGAUUUAAUUUAAAUGAGGAAUUCAUAGAAGGUUUCCUAAAUGACAUAAUGAAGAAGGUAGAUAAAGAAUAUAUGGCUAGUGAGUUAAUGAAGAAGGCAAAUUUGGUUUAUGUUGAUGAAAAAGAUAAUGAAAUUAAAGAAAGGGUUGAAUGGUAUCAUGAAUGGACAUCAAAGAUUUUAAAAACUAAAGCCGAUACAGGAUGGGUUUCAGGAUGUUUAGACCUUAAAGCGGAUAAGGAAUACGUGGAUAGUGAGUUAAUGAAGAAAGCUAAUAUAUCAUUUGUUAAUGAAGAAAUAAAACAAUCAGAGGUCUAUUUUACUCCACCAUUUUUAAAUUUUAUGAAAUCAUCAGAUAAAACCUUUGAUAUAGAUUCUUUUGAAUGGAUAUGUUUCGAUGGAGUGACCAUGUAUUUAUUUUAUACAGCUGGAGUGCUUUAUUAUUUUAAAACAAAUGAUUUUCAAAACUAUAAAUCAUUUACUCCAUCUGUUUUGAAUCCUGAUACACGAAAGCCAAUCAUUAAUCCAAGAAUUUUAUAUGUUGAAUAUAAUAACGGUAAAUUUAUGGGAAUGAUAACGGUUGAAGAUGAUUUUUGCCCUUGUUAUUCAUUCGAUUGUAUCCAAUGGUUCAAAU